AGUAACAUGUCAAAAUCAAACAAAAACGAAAUUUAUUUAACAUAAUACAAAUCAAAAUUUGAAUGUUUCCACGUUAUCUACAGAAAAAUCCCAAAUGCAACGCCAAUAACCCCGAUAUGACAACGCGGCAAUCUAAUUAUAAAAAUGUACCGGCAGGGUGGGGAAGUUUGACAGUUAUGAAAAUAACCAAACUUGCUUGUCACUUGAGAAUAAGUCAACAGAAAAUAUGAGUAAAGAGUUUAAAUUAAGUGCCACUUUAUAUGGGCAUUCGCUGGACGUCCGUUCGGUGAAGGUGACCCCCAACAACGACAUCAUAAGCGGCUCGAGGGACAAAACGGCCAAAUUCUGGACGCCGAACAGUUUGAACCGUUCGUAUAACGAGUCGAUGACCUACAGGGAACAGAAAAAUUUCGUCGGUGCGGUUCUGUACUUGGAGCCGGUCGCUAAUUAUCCCGACGGUCUUGUCGUAACCGGCGGCUACGACAACACCAUAUUAAUUUACAAGCCGACGGAACCUUUCGCAACGUACACGCUCAAAGAACACAUGGGAACGGUCAGUUCAUUGUCGAAGGGCAUCGAGGAGGGCUCGUUCCUGAGCAGCUCGUGGGACACCACAGCCAAACUGUGGAGCCUGUUGAACGUCAGUAAGUCGUGCGUCACGUUUUGCGGACACAACGCCGCAGUGUGGUCGGCCAUCCAGCUGUCUGAUGGACGGGUCGUUACAGCUUCAGCCGACAAGUUUAUCGGCAUUUGGACGGCGUCCGGGCAAAAAAUCAACUUCCUGGCCGGCCACACGGAUUGCGUUAGGGGGCUGCUGGACUUUCCCGAGUUUAAUUACUUCUUGAGCGUGUCCAAUGAUGCCUCGAUCAAAGUGUGGAAUUACAGCGGUGAAAACACCAACACCUAUUACGGACACACCAAUUACAUAUACAGCAUAGCCAGACGUAAGGCUGGCUCCCCCGACAGUUUCGUAACGUCAGACGAGGACAGGACGGUGCGUGUGUGGGAGAACGGCGUCAACGUUCAGACGUUCACCUUGCCGGCCAUUUCGGUGUGGAGCGUUGACUGUUUGUCGAACGGCGACAUUGUGACCGGCUCCAGUGACGGCGUCGUCAGAGUUUUUACGCAGGACGAAAGCCGGAUAGCCGAGGACGAAAUAAUCACCCGCUUCGACGAGGAGGUGAAGGCGUUGUCGUUGCAGAGUACGCAGGAAAUCGGCGGCGUUAAGGUCUCCGAUCUGCCGGGCAAGGAGGCACUCUACGAGCCCGGCAAGCAUGCGGGGCAGCUGAAGAUGGUGCGGGAGAACGGCGGUGUUAUGGCCUACUCGUGGGUGGAGGACGGGGACAAGAGCCAUUGGGAGAAGGUCGGCGACGUGGUCGGGGGAACUGACAAAGACGCCAGUGGAAAAACUGUCUACGAAGGAAAGCCAUAUGAUUUCGUGUUUUCUGUGGACGUGGAGGAUGGAAAACCGCCCCUGAAACUGCCCUACAACAAGGGCGAGGACGUCUAUCAAGUGGCCAACCAAUUUUUAACCAAAAACAUGUUGCCAGCCUCAUACCUUGAACAGGUGGUCGACUUCAUCCUGAAAAACUCCAAAGACUCGUACGUACCACCACCGAGCAACUACGUUGAUCCUUACACUGGGAGCAGCAGGUACACACCCCAAGUUGAUGGUAAUUCGGGCACGCAGGCGGGGGUCAACGUGGACCCGUUUACAGGUGGGAGCAGUUAUUCGACAUCUCAAGGUACACCGUCCACCCACUCUAGUUUUCAAUCAGGUGGUUCAAAUUUAGAUCCCUUUACGGGUGGUUCUAGCUACACGACGGUGACGCAGAAGAACGUGCAGAUGGUGGAGAGCAAAUUUUUCCCCCUGACGGUGUAUCGCACCUUCGACAUGGGUAAUCCGCAGAUUGUGUUGAACAAACUGAAGGAGUUUAAUGAGGAGGCGAAAGGGCACAGCACGUUCAUGGACGAGAGGCAGCUGGAAAGGCUUGUGGAUAUGUGUGAUGGACCCUCAACUGACCCCAAUUCGGUGGACAUGUUGUUUAAGCUUCUUGAAUGGCCCGAUGAUUUUUGGUUCCCGGUGCUUGACGUCGUAAGACUGGCAGUUAGGCAUAAAAAGAACAAUGAACUGAUUGUGUCUGCCAACCGGACAUCUUUAAUGGACAAGCUCAAAUAUUGCAUAAGUGGUAACUGCCGAGUCACAAAUAAUAUUAUUGUAGCACUCAGAGUUUUAAGUAAUUUAUUGUCCCAUGAUCACGGUGAGAUGCUUGUGUUUCAAAAUCACAUGGAUAUUUUAGAAAAUGUAACCUCAUUAAGUCAACAAAAUAAAAACGGACAAAUUGCGCUAUCAACUUUAUUACUUAACCUGGUAGUGCUGGCAGUCAAGAAGAAUGAUUAUAUAGGUUUAUCUGUGUUAUCCGAAGUAAUACCAGACGUAUCAACUAAGCUAAACGAUCCUGAGUCGCAGUUCAGGAUAUACGUGGCACUGGGAACAUUACUGCAAUCGGAGUACGGCUCAAAUAAAGAAAUAAAAACCAAAGUAAACAAUUCGGAGAAGUUCAUAGCCAACCUGAAAACCCACUCGGAAACUCCCGGCACGAAUGAAUUGGAAAGUAAACGGAUGAAAUGUGCAAAACAAAUAAAGGAUAUUCUGUAACUUUCCUACUUUUUAAAAUAAUUAUGUUCUACGAUUAAAUUUUCUAUCAAUUGGACUUAAAAUAUAUUGUUGUUGUAAGAUUUCCAAAA